AUUUUUUAUAAUAUACAAUAGUGACAGUGUAGACAUAGGUACUGAGUGUAAAUUGAUUAAAUUCAUUAGCAUUCAUUCGCUUUUGUUUAGUAAACAAUUAUGAAAACAUUACCGCAUAACUCGUGAUAUUUUUUCGGACGCUUCAGUACUAGUGUCGAGUUCAAACCAUUAUCAAUCCUUGUCUGUAUGAUAAUUUUGCAAUGUUUUAAUUUUCAAAUAACAUUUUAUUCUUACUGGAUUUAUUCUAAACUACAAAAAAUGAGUCCUGAUGAUAGUAAAACAUAUAGAACAUUGGGACGGAAACUUAGUAAUUUUUUUACAAAGAAACAAUCAUUUAAGAAAAAAUUCAAAGCAGCUUGUUUGGAAGCAACUUUGGAACCAAAUGAUAUUCCUAAAACUACAGAGCCAGUUUGGAUCUUAGGAAAGAGAUAUAGCGCAGUCCAAGAUAUAAAUAAAAUAAGACAAGACAUAGUUUCAAAAAUAUGGAUAACAUACAGGAAAAAUUUUAUACCAAUAGGUGGAAAUGAAGGUCUUACAUCAGAUAAAGGAUGGGGUUGUAUGUUAAGAUGUGGUCAGAUGGUUCUGGCACAAGCUCUGGUAUCUCUACAUUUGGGAAGAGACUGGUUGUGGGAUCCACAAUGCAAAGAUAAUACCUAUUUGAGAAUAUUAAAAAAAUUCCAAGAAAGAAGACAAGCCCCCUAUUCUAUUCACCAAAUAGCCUUAAUGGGAGCCUCCCUUGGAAAACAAGUUGGACAGUGGUUUGGGCCCAAUACUGUUGCACAAGUUCUCAAGAAAUUGGUGAAGUAUGAUGAUUGGAGUAGAUUAGCAAUCCAUGUAGCUCUAGACAAUACUGUAGUGAUAUCAGAUAUAAAGGAAUUAUGCUUAUCAAAAACAAAACUUGAUGGUACAAAUUUAACAAAUUCUGAGUGGAAACCUUUAUUACUUAUAGUGCCUUUACGGUUAGGACUUACUGAAAUCAAUCCUUUAUACAUUAGUGGAAUACAGAAAUGUUUCCAGUUUAAACAAAGUCUGGGCGUGAUUGGCGGUAAGCCAAACGUUGCUCUAUAUUUCAUAGGUUGUGUGGGCAAAGAAGUAAUAUAUUUAGAUCCUCAUCAUACCCAAAAAACUUGCUUUGUAGAAAACAAGGAAACAGAGGAACAAAUAGAAGCAGACACAACUUAUCAUUGUAAAUAUGCAUCUAGAAUAAAUAUAGUCAAAAUGGAUCCAUCAAUAGCUAUGUGCUUCUUUUGUAAAACGGAAUCGGAUUUCAACGAUUUUUGUCUAAAAGUAGAAACAGAUUUAUUAAAUCCACAAACAGAACCAAUGUUUGAAAUUAGUUACAAUAAGCCAACAGAAUGGUCUCCUGUAUUAGAAAACGCCGUGGACGCUGGAGCUGCCUCUUUUGCAGAUUUUCAAGAACCCACCGACAGAUUUUUUGAUUCCGACCACGAGUUUGAGAUUCUUUAAUGAUUCCCACGUUUGAAGCUCGCCAUUGUAAAUGAUUUUAAUAUAUUUAUUAAUUAUACUUACCACAUAAAAGUGCUUAUUGAAUGAAAAUGAUCUGCAUUUAUUUGUUGUACAUACAUUCACUAUCCUUUAUUAAUAAUUUUUGUAUGUAUAUGAUUAUUGGUUUUUUUUAUUUAUACCAAAAAUUAUAUUCAUUUGUUACCAUUUCUGAAUGAAUAAAACAAUAAAAA